AUGGCGAUGAUGAAGACUUGGACGACUCCACCAGAGGCGGGCCGGAAGGACCAGGCGGGUCUACCUGGCAGAGUCUUCAACUCUGGCAUUGCACUCGACAGCAUCAAGAGCGUCCACCUCCCGCACCGCAACCUUGCGCACGGCAACCUCGAGUACUGCGACCUCACAAGCUUCACCCUUGUGCACAGCAACCUUGGGCACCUCUCUGGACAAGGAGAAUUGAGAAGACAAUGCCGAUGCUCAGUUGGAGGCUUUUGGGAGAACAUUGAGGCGCUCACCACCAAAGCCAAAACAAGCAAACUCUUCCAAGAACCAUUCAGAGGCGAUCUCCGUGCUGGUGCUGCCAAGCAGCUGCCUAGCUCAUCAAAGAUCAAUCUGGACGAGGUGGACCGCGCCCUGGAAAAAUCCGUGCUGAGCAGCUUCCUUGCCGCCCAUCCAAAAGCGAGGGCGCCUAUUGUUAAGCUUGGCAGAAGAAGGCGUUUUGCCUUAUUGGGAAGCUUGGCGCGCGAGGAUGAAGGCUGGGGCUCCUCUUCAAGAACUGCCAUUGCGUCCGAAUUGCUCAAGGAACUAUCGUCAUCGCUGUCCAAACUGCUGUCCGAACUGCUGUCCAAACUGCUGUCCGAAGAAGACGGUGAUAGGAGACCUGGCUGGCUCCUUAGUCUUAGGUGCCGUGCCAGCAAUGCGCAAGGAUUCGAAGCUAGCGCAAGGUCAAUGGUUACCUAUUACUGGCGCAAUCAGACAUUGGCCAAGAUGCUGGGGCGUGCAGCCCCGCAUGGAUCAAGCCCAACAACCAACAAGGAAGCUCUACAGGUUGCCUACAGUUAA